AUGUUCUCUGUUCUGAAGGAUGUUGGUGCUUCUGUCUGUGCAGAGAUGGCGUGGCUGCUCCAGAGUCGAGGUUCUCCCAGACUGGUGCUGGUGGUGGUCUGUGUCGCUCUGCUGCUCGACAACAUGCUGCUCACUGUGGUUGUGCCAAUCAUACCAACAUUCCUGUAUGCCAUGGAACAUCCCAGUCCAGAACCGCAGACCGUCCAGCCAUCCCUGCUUCCUCAGCCCAGCCUCGGUGCACCACACCUGGAUACUGUGACCUCUCAGCCCCCCUCCUCCAGAUCUAACCUCCAGACCCCUAGCUGGACCUCCCAGCUGUCUCCACCCAGCAGCAGAACUCCAAUCCUGAGUCCAGAGUUACAGCAGAGGUCCCGGCUGUCUCUGCUGGUGUCCCUAUUUGAUAACCUCACCUUUACCCUGCAGGAGAGUCGAACGGAGGGAACCCCAGACACUGCUCGAACAGGUCCGACCAGCCGCAUCAACGACACCAUCAACACAACAGAUCCCUCCUGUCUUCAGGACAGUGUUUUCCUGGAGGAGGAAAAUGUCCGCGUUGGUUUGCUGUUUGCCUCUAAAGCUCUGGUCCAACUGCUCGUCAACCCGUUUGUUGGUCCGCUCACCAACAGGAUCGGAUAUCACAUCCCGAUGUUUGCAGGAUUCAUCAUCAUGUUUGUUUCCACCAUCAUGUUCGCUUUCUCAGGGACCUACGCUCUGCUGUUCUUCGCUCGCUCCCUGCAGGGAAUUGGCUCUUCCUUCUCGUCUGUGGCGGGUCUCGGCAUGCUGGCUAGUGUGUACACCGACGAUGAGGAGCGAGGAGUGGCGAUGGGCAUCGCACUGGGUGGACUGGCCAUGGGAGUCCUGAUCGGAGCUCCGUUUGGGAGCGUGAUGUAUGACUUUGUAGGGAAGAGCGCCCCCUUCCUGAUCCUGGCCUUCCUGGCUGUGUUUGAUGGAGCAUUGCAGCUGUGCAUCCUGCAGCCCUCUAAGAUCUGUCCUGGGAGUGUGGAGGGGACACCUUUACUGACCCUGUUGAAAGACCCGUACAUCCUCAUCAGUGCAGGGUCUCUGUGCUUUGCCAACAUGGGCGUGGCCAUCCUGGAACCAACGCUGCCCAUCUGGAUGAUGCAGACCAUGUGCUCCCCUAAAUGGCAACUCGGAAUGGCCUUCCUCCCAGCCAGCAUCUCCUACCUGAUCGGAACAAACCUGUUCGGGGUUCUGGCUAACAAGAUGGGACGGUGGCUCUGCUCCAUGGUGGGAAUGUUCAUUGUCGGGAUCAGUCUGCUGUGUGUUCCUUUUGCCACCAGCAUCUAUGGUCUGAUUGGACCAAACGGGGGUCUGGGCUUUGCUAUCGGGAUGGUGGACUCCUCCAUGAUGGCUAUCAUGGCUUACCUGGUUGACAUCCGUCAUGCCUCUGUGUACGGCAGCGUGUACGCCAUCGCUGAUGUAGCGCUGUGUAUGGGCUUUGCUAUAGGGCCAUCCACAGGGGGUGCUCUAGUCCAAGCGGUGGGAUUCCCCUGUCUGAUGGUCUUCAUCGGGAUCAUCAACAUCGUGUAUGCUCCACUUUGUUUCAUCUUACGUAACCCGGCUGUUCGAGAGGAGAAAAUGGCGAUCAUCGACCAGGAGUGUGUGAUGCACAGGAAAAGCUACAACACAGACAAGGACAGCCGUGAGUUUCCUCUGAGCGACUACAGCGAGGAAGAAGAGACGGAGGAGUGAAACGCUCACAUGUUCUCAUGACGUUGUCUGAAGACGUGUUUUAGUUUCAGUGUUCCACCUCCCCUCCUCACAGCUGCUGAGGGAGAUCCUGUGGGUCUACACGGUUAUUAAUGUUAAUCCUUGCCUGACUAAAUUCAGCUGAUGGUUGGUUUUGGUUUCACAUGUUUGUCUGUGUUCAGUUUGUGCAAAAAUAACAGGAUUCUUCCACAGGCU